GGAACCAGUCAAGCUAAGACUCAUCAGGUUCUGUUGUUACCCUAGCAUUUCCUCUUUCACCCACACACACCCCCACACACUCAUGGCGUCUCGGAGAGUCUUAUCGUCGCUUCUCCGUUCAUCUUCGGGCAGAUCUGCUGCCAAAUUCGGAAGCCGAAACACUAGGCUUUCAUCUCCUUCCCCCGCUCGCUGCGCUGCUCCUUUUGGGGAUCUCCUCGGUCGAGUCGCCGAAUAUUCUACCUCUUCACCGGCAAGCUCAGCUGCGCCAUCGUCUUCUCCUGUUCAGGAUGAGGCGAAGAAGACUUAUGAUUACGGCGGUAAAGGUGCGAUCGGGAAGGUUUGCCAAGUCAUUGGUGCCAUUGUCGAUGUGAGAUUCGAGGAUCAGGAGGGAUUACCUCCGAUCAUGACAUCUCUGGAGGUGCAGGAUCACCCCACAAGGCUGGUGCUUGAGGUGUCACAUCACUUGGGUCAGAAUGUCGUCAGGACCAUUGCUAUGGAUGGUACCGAAGGUCUCGUUCGUGGGCGACGCGUUCUCAACACCGGCGCUCCAAUCACUGUCCCCGUUGGAAGAGCUACCCUUGGACGUAUCAUGAACGUUCUUGGAGAACCCAUCGACGAGAGAGGCCCAAUUACGACCGACCACUACCUACCGAUUCACAGGGACGCUCCGGCUUUAGUUGAUCUUGCCACCGGUCAGGAGAUCCUGGCUACUGGAAUUAAGGUUGUUGAUCUGCUUGCUCCUUACCAAAGAGGAGGAAAGAUUGGGCUCUUUGGUGGUGCUGGUGUCGGGAAAACUGUGCUCAUUAUGGAGCUUAUCAACAAUGUCGCCAAAGCUCAUGGUGGUUUCUCUGUGUUUGCUGGAGUGGGAGAACGAACCCGUGAAGGCAAUGACUUGUACAGAGAAAUGAUUGAGAGUGGUGUCAUCAAGCUAGGCGAGAAGCAGUCUGAGAGCAAAUGUGCUCUUGUGUAUGGACAAAUGAACGAGCCCCCGGGUGCCCGUGCUCGUGUUGGACUUACUGGUUUGACCGUUGCUGAGUAUUUCCGUGAUGCCGAAGGCCAAGAUGUGUUGCUUUUCAUCGACAACAUUUUCCGUUUCACCCAGGCCAACUCUGAAGUGUCUGCUUUGCUUGGACGUAUCCCCUCUGCUGUGGGUUACCAGCCAACUCUGGCCUCUGAUCUUGGUGCUCUUCAAGAGCGAAUCACAACCACCAAGAAAGGUUCCAUCACCUCAGUCCAGGCCAUCUAUGUCCCUGCUGAUGAUUUGACAGAUCCUGCUCCAGCCACAACUUUCGCUCACUUGGACGCCACAACCGUGCUUUCAAGACAGAUCUCUGAGCUUGGUAUCUAUCCUGCUGUGGACCCUCUGGAUUCAACAUCCCGUAUGCUCUCGCCUCACAUUCUGGGUGAGGAGCACUACAACACGGCUCGUGGUGUGCAGAAAGUGCUACAGAACUACAAGAAUUUGCAAGAUAUUAUCGCCAUUUUGGGAAUGGAUGAGCUAAGUGAAGAUGACAAGCUGACUGUUGCCCGUGCCCGUAAGAUCCAGAGAUUCUUGAGUCAGCCAUUCCAUGUCGCUGAGAUCUUCACCGGUGCCCCUGGAAAAUACGUAGACCUCAAGGAAAACAUCAACAGUUUCCAGGGUUUGCUCGAUGGUAAGUACGAUGAUCUUCCUGAACAAUCGUUUUACAUGGUUGGUGGUAUCGACGAGGUGGUUGCAAAGGCAGAGAAGAUCUCAAAGGAGUCAGCAGCUUAAGGGCUUGAUUCAUCUCUUUCGGAUGCUACUUAAUACUUCUUUUCUUUUUUUUUGUUGACAAUAACGAAAAAAAAACAAAUGCUUUAGUCAGUGUUGCUAAUGCAUUGCAAUUCCCAUCAUUUGUGAGUGUGAGAGCUGCGGGAUGAUGAUGAACAUAUUCAUUCACAGUU